CAUAGCCUAUAGUUGAAGUCGAACCCAGCUGCAUUUUAUUUAAGUACGAAGUCAGUUACAUUCUCUGAUCGCGGGUUAGUGGACCAAACUGGCAACUCUAGCAACACUGCACCGACAAGAAACGAAGAUGGCGUCUGCUCCGGAUUACAGUUCCUACAACCAAGCCAGCGCGCAGCAGGGCUAUGGCUCCUAUGCUGCCCAGCCUUCACAAGGCUAUGGACAGUCCGCACAGCAGGGUUACAGCCAGCAGGGGUAUGGGUCCUAUGCCCAGCCUGCUGCAGCUGAGACGGGGUAUGCCCAGACGGCAACCCCUGCUGGAAGCUAUGCACAGCCCCCCCAGCAGCAGCAACAGUAUGGUUCAUCCUAUGGGCAGCCGGCAGCAGCGGGAAGUAAAGCAGCCGGCUACCCUGCAGCCCAGGCUGGUGCCCACGGCUACUCCCAGCCCUCCCAGCUGUACGGGGCCAGCGGCUACGACAGCACCCCGGCGGCUGCUGCUCCGGCGGCGUCCCAGGCCUACGGAUCCCAGCCGGGCUACAGCGCCCAGACGGCCUACCCCGGGUACAGCCAGCAGGCUGCCUCCGCUGCUCCCCAGAGCUACAACGCCAGCAGCCAGCCGUCAGGCUACAGCCAGAGCAGCUACUCCCAGCAGGCCGCGUACGGCCAGCAGCAGAGCGGCUACCAGGCCCAACAGGGGGGCUACAGCCAGCAGGCAGGCAGCUACCACCAGCAGGCCCCCCCACAGCAGCAACAGGCCCAGGCCUCCUCCUACCCUCCCCCAGCCUCGGGCUCCUACGGCCAGGCGGCCGCCAGCCAGUACAGCCAGCAGGGAGGACCGCAGAGCGGAUACGGCCAGUCCAGCCAUUACAACAACUACCGGCAGGAGGGCCCCGGUAACGGUGCCGGUUACGGCUCUGAGCCGGCCGGAUACUCAGGCUCAGGUGAGAGCCGGGGGCCGGGCCGGGAUGGCUUUGACAGGGGAGGCAUGAUGCACGGAGCCAGAGGCCGUGGGAACAUGGGAGGCCGUGGAGGCAUGAGCAUCGCUGGAGACCGAGGUGGCUUCAGUAAGCCCGGUGGACCCAUGGACAACGGAGCAGAGCGUGAUAUGGGGCGCCCGGAGGAGCAGGAUGACUCUGAGAACAGCACCAUCUACAUCACCGGCCUCACGGAGAGUGCCACUCUGGAGACCAUGGCUGAGUUCUUCAAACACGUGGGACCCAUCAGGAUGAACCGCAGGCUGGGCCAGCCUGCCAUCAACAUCUACACAGACAAAGACUCUGGCAAGCCCAAGGGAGAUGCUACCCUGUCCUACGAGGAGCCCUUCUGUGCCAAAGCUGCUCUGGAACAUUUUGAUGGUAAGGAGUUCCAGGGCCGGAGGCUGAAGGUGUCCAUGGCCCGCCGUAAGCCCAUGAUGGGGGGCAUGAGGGGGGGGAUGCCCAUGAGGGACGGCAUGAUGGCCCGCGGAGGUAUGAUGGGGCGUGGAGGAGAACGCGGGGGCUUCGUGCCCCGGGGGGGCCCGCGGGGGAUGGGUCGAGGGGGCCCGCCGGGUGGCAACAUGCAGCAGAGGGCAGGAGACUGGGAGUGCCCUAACCCGGGCUGCGGAAACCAGAACUUUGCCUGGAGGAUGGAGUGUAACCAGUGCAAAGCCCCCAAACCAGAGGGGCUAGGUGGGGGGCCUCCAUUCUCUCCCCCUGGGGGCGAGCGAGGCCGGGGGGGCAUGGGAAUGCGUGGGGGCCGGGGCAUGGACCGUGGGGGGCCCGGAGGCCUAGGGGGCCCUGGGGGUCCGGGGGGGCCAGGAGGGUUCCGUGGUGGGUGGGGCGGUGACCGUGGCGGAGGUUUCAGGGGCCGCGGGGGGAUGGACCGAGGGGGGUUCCGGGGGGCCAGCAGAGGGGGCCCUCCCAUGGACCCCAUGGGGGGCAGGGGCCGCAGAGGAAUGGGGCCCCCAGGCAAGAUGGACAUGAGGGACCAUCGCCAGGAGCGCAGGGACCGCCCCUACUGAGAAACGAGACGUUUUGACAUUUUCCAUUUUUGUGCGGGAUUAGAUUUUUAAAAAGCAAUUUUUAAUUUAUGAUUCCAUAUUUAUAAAUGGUUAGUGAACUGCUUUAGAAAGACCUGGCGCAGUUUCAUUCGACGCAUAUAGACUCAUGUUUUUAGUUAUUCCUCGUUCUGUUUGCCCUUGGUUCAUUGGUUUAGUGAUCUUGACUUGUGCAAGUGUUUUUGCAGUUCUUAGGUGUACAGAAUGGUUUAGGACAGUAUUGUAAAACGUGACACGUUAUAUAAUUUUUUUUUAUUAUUAUUGUAAUUGCCUAACCCUUUCCCAGUACUAUGUAAUGAACAAUUUUGAGAAUAAAAUUUCCACUCUGAUUU